AUGGGAAAGACUAGAGAUCUCUUCAAGAAAAUUAGAGAUAGCAAGGGAACAUUUCAUGCAAAGAUGGGUUCAAUAAUGGACAGAAAUGGUAUGGACCUAACAGAAGCAGAAGAUAUUAAGAAGAGGUGGCAAGAGUACAAAGAACUGUACAAAAAAGAUCUUCAUGACCCAGAUAAUCACAAUGGUGUGAUCACUAACCUAGAGCCAGACAUCCUGGAAUGUGAAGUCAGGUGGGCCUUAGAAAGCAUCACCACGAACAAAGCCAGUGGAGGUGAUGGAAUUCCAGUUGAGCUAUUUCAAAUCCUGAAAGAUGAUGCUGUGAAAGUGCUGCACUCAAUAUGCCAACAAAUUUGGAAAACUCAGCAGUGGCCACAGGACUGGAAAAGGUCAGUUUUCAUUCCAACCCCAAAGAAAGGCAAUGCCAAAGAAUGCUCAAACUACCGCACAAUUGCACUCAUCUCUCACACUAGUAAAAUAAUGCUCAAAAUUCUCCAAGCCAGGCUUCAACAGUACAAGAACCAUGAACUUCCAGAUGUUCAAGCUGGUUUUAGAAAAGGCAGAGGAACCAGAGAUCAAAUUGCCGACAUCCACUGGAUCAUUGAAAAAGCAAGAGAGUUCCAGAAAAACAUCUACUUCUGCUUUAUUGACUAUGCCAAAGCCUUCGACUGUGUGGAUCACUGCAAACUCUCGCGCACUCGUUCAGCGCAGACUAACAGUCUGACGGCCCACCCGCUCAGCGAAAUCUGCCGCCGCCCGCAGCCCGCAGAGCGCCAGCACAACACCGUCCCGCCCGCCCCGGCGCCCUCGCCCCUCACGUCGGCCCCCAGCGCCGUGACUCCGCCCCCAGCCCGCGCCUCACAGUCCAAACACAGAAACCCGGCUGCCGCUCCGUAG